AUGGGUAGGGCUAAAUCUGUUGGGGUGUUGGGCUUUAGGGACUUGCUAAUGUUUAAUAAAGCCCUCUUGGCAAAGCAAUGUUGGAGAUUGAUUCAGUACCCUCAUUCCCUGAUCUCUCAGAUUCUCAAGGCCAAAUAUUUUCCAAAUUCUUCUUUGUUAGAUUCUGAGAGUGGGAAAAGGCCGUCUUUCAUUUGGCGAAGCUUCAUGGCUGCAAAAAACCUUCUUUCCCAUGGUCUGAGUCUGCCUUGUGAUGCAAAGGUGGCUGAUCUUAUAGACGUCUCUGUUAAGGGAUGGAACUGUGCUUUAAUUGAUAACUCUUUUCCGGCCUAUUUAGAAGUAGAGUCUGUGAUACAUGCUUUAUGGAAUUGCCCGGGAGCUCAAGAUGUGUGGGGCUGUGAUCCAAUUCUGUUUCAAAAAUGCCCUUCUAUUUUUUCGGAUAUGGCAGAACUUGUUUCUUAUUUAUUUACUAGACUGAAUGAUGAUUUGAUGAGUCUAACUGUGGUUGUUUUUCAUAGAAUCUGGUUGCGAAGGAACAAGAUGAUCUUUGAGGAGCAGUUUUAUUCUCCCAUGAAGGUGUUCAUUGAAGCUUCUCAGUUUUUUGAAGAUUUUAAAAUGUAUAAUUUGAGGGAGUCUUUUUUAAAGGUCCCCAAUGUUGAAGGGUCAAAUAUAUGUAAGUCUUGGAAACUUCCAAAUGCUGGUUUUGUGAAAGUUAAUUGGGAUGCAUAUUUGAAUCCAAAAUCUGGCUUGGUUGGUUUGGGUUGUGUGAUUAGAAAUGAGAAUGAUUAUGUUAUUGGUGCAAAAUGUUGUGCUUGUAGGGCUACUGUGGAUCCCUUAUGUGCAGAAGCAAUGGCUGCCCUUUUUGCUUUGGAAUUUUGUUAUGAAAUGGACUUUGUUAACAUUGAAAGUGAGGGUGAUUCUUUGCAAGUCAUCAAAGGCUUAUGUAAUCCAGAUUUCUCCUUUGACAGAAUUGGGCACUUUAUGGAUGCUAUUAAACAAAAAGCUUCUUGUUUUUCUGUUUGUAAAUGGAGGCAUUGUUAUAGAGAAGCAAAUGAAGUGCCCCAUAUUCUAGCUAGGAAGGCUUCCUCGAUAUGCUUAUCUCAUGUUUGGGUUGAGGAUUUGCCUUAUUUUAUUUCUUCUACUUCUUUUAGAGACCUUUUGGCCUCUAGACUGUAA